AUGAUCGCAAGACUAGGCACCAUGACAGCCUUCCUCACGGCGGCGGCGUCUCUCCUUUUCGCCCGUGUCGCCACCGCUCAGACGGAAGGGCCGUAUGAAGCGACCUGGGAGUCUACAGACAAGCACAAUGCCUCCCCCGAAUGGUUUCGCGAUGCCAAGUUCGGUGUAUAUUGGCACUGGGGUGCCUUCACUACACCACAGUACGGCAGCGAGUGGUACGGCCGCAACGUCUAUGAGCCGGACAGCGAUGUGCGCGCAGAGCACACGCGGCGAUACGGUCCGCCGGAGGAAUGGGGCUACCAAAACUUCAUCCUGGGGGCGGACGACCUGCAAGGUAAUCACGUCGAGUUCAAGCCUGUCCUGGCGAGUGAUGGCGGGGCCUUCGAUCCCGACGCUUGGAUGGCCGUCGUCAACGCUUCUGGUGCCAGGUUCGCGGGGCCAGUUGCCGAGCACCAUGACGGGUUCUCCAUGUGGGACAGCAAAGUCAACACGUGGAACUCUGUCAGACACGGCCCCGGCAUCGAUCUGGUCAAGCUCUGGGCCGACCUCGUUCGCCAGAGCGGGAUGAAGUUUCUCAUCGCCAUGCAUCAAGCCUUCAACACGAACGGCUUCUACGAGUUCGCACCCCAGAUGAACGACACGGAGCUGCAGCUUCUUUUCGGCCAGCUCCCCAAGGAUCAGGCCGAUCAGCGGUGGCUUGACAAGCAGCUCGAGGUCCUCGACCACGUCCAGCCAGACAUGAUCUGGAAUGACUUCUCCCUCGACAGCCCGGGGUACUGUCAAAACCCAAAGUUCGUGUGCAACAUUGGCGAAGCACAACGUCUUGGGUUCCUUGCCCACUACUUCAACCGCGGUGUUGAGUGGGGCAAGGAGGUGCUCACAUCCUAUAAGCACUUUGACAACGGCUUUCGCAACACGUCGGCCGUGGCCGACUUUGAGCGCGGCGGCCCGGAUGAUAUUGUCCGCCCAUACUGGCUGACCGACGAUGCCAUCAGCGCAUCAUCAUGGAGCUACACGGUCGGUAUCGCCUACUACAGCUCGACCCAGAUGAUCCACUCCUUCCUUGACCGCGUCAGCAAGAACGGCAACAUGCUGCUCAACAUCUCCCCAACUGCGGCAGGCGUGCUUCCCGAGCAACAGGAAAAGGUGCUUCUCGACAUUGGCGCGUACCUCGGGCGGUACGGCGAGUCCAUCUACAGCACCCGCGCGUGGGACAUCUACGGCGAAGGACCCAACAAGGCCGGCGGCGGCUCCUUCAGUUCCCCGCUGACCGGCAACAGCAGUGACAUCCGCUUCACGCGCAAUAAGGCCAAGGAUGUCCUAUACGUCACGGUCCUCGGGUGGCCGGAAGACGCCACUGUUUCCAUUGCCAGCCUCGGCUCCGGUGCCGGCGUGGACCUUGCCGGCCUCACCACGGUAGAACUGCUUGGCGACUCGGCCGGUGACUACGCUGCCGCCGAGAGCUGGACGCAAGAGCCAGACGCGCUCGUCGUUGAGCUUCCGCCCAAACCGGCAGAGUCCUUUGCCUACGUCCUCAAGCUCAGCUUCGCCAACCAUAUUCCCGUGCCACUCAUUAGUAACGGUGCGUCCGUUUUCACCGGAAACGGCACCAAGAUACCGGGCAUAUCCCUCCCACAAGGCGGGUUCCCUUCAGUCUUCUUCGAGGACGCCGGCGUGCAACCUGGUGACAUCCAGACGGUGCAAGUAAGUGCCGGCACCAGUGUCGAGGUAUACACAAAUGCCAACCUUACCGGAGACUUCACCACAUUGGGGGCUGGUGAGCACGCCGUUGGUCUUCAGUCGAUCGGCUCCAUCUUAGUCAAGCCCACUUAA